UACAAGAACUACAUCGACAAGCUUUAUUAUCAGCAUCGUAUUUGAAAGAUGAGUUCCCUCGUAAUCAAGUUGUUCUUCCCUCUGUUUCUCUCUCUCUCUAUGAUAUGUCUCUCUUCUUGUAUUCCUCGCGAUGACCUCGACAGGAGGUUCACUUCAGAGGAAGAAGCCUUGGGACAAUUUCAGCUGUGGCAGAAGGAAUACGGACGAGAGUACGAUAAUCUGAAGGAGGAGGCCAAGAGAUUUGAGAUUUUCAAAGAGAACUUGAAGUACAUCAGAGAGACAAAUGCAAGAAGAGAAUCGCCCUUCGACUAUAGCUUGGGACUCAACGAGUUUGCAGAUCUGAGCAGGGAGGAGUUCAGUAAGAUUUUUACGCCUGACAUGGGUCCAAUCCCCAAAGACAACAUGAACUUGAACGAUGACGAUGACAAUGAUUCAUGUCCUAAUGCCCCGGCUUCCAUAGAUUGGAGGAAGAAAGGAGCCGUCACUAAGGUUAAGAACCAAGGUUAUUGUGGAAGUUGUUGGGCAUUUGGCUCCAUAGGAGCCAUGGAAGGAAUAAAUGCAAUAGUCAAAGGAAAGCCAAGUGUGAGCCUUUCUGCACAAGAACUCGUAGAUUGUGAUAAAGAUUGCUAUGGUUGUAGGGGAGGGUGGCACAAUAGAGCAUUUGAAUAUGCUAUAAACAAUGGUGGCAUUGCCAAAGAAGCUGAUUAUCUCUAUACUGCUCAAGAUGGCACCUGCAAAGCCUCCACGAUAAAAAGGAAAGCUGUCACUUUGAGUGGGUAUAAAAAUGUGACCUCUUACUCGGAGAAAUCUUUAUAUUGCGCGGUCUCAAGGCAGCCAGUUACCGUGGGUUUGAAUUCAAUGGAUUUUCAAUUUUACCAGGAUGGAAUCUAUGAUGGAGAAAACUGCACAAGAUACAAUGUUACGCACAUUAGUCAUGCUGUCUUGAUUGUGGGUUAUGACACGGUGGCGGGGCAUGAUUACUGGAUUGUGAAAAACUCAUGGGGAGAAAGUUGGGGCAUGAAGGGAUACAUAUUCAUCAAACGAAACACAGAUAACAAAAAUGGAGUAUGCUUGAUUAAUUGCUGUGGUUCUUACCCAACUAAAGAAGCAGUGAAGCCUGAGAAUUACUACUCCUCUAUUUGAACUGAUCACUUCUGGUUGUUUUCCUUGUAAGUAUAAAUAAGCCUGGCCUUGUGUAGUGUGUGUUGGGCAUAAAUAAGUGGCAAAUGAUUUGCCUUUAAAAAAAGGUUAUGUCAGUAAGACUUAUUAAUUAAAUAAAUUAAGGUUAUGUCUAAUGUAA